AGGAUUCUUCACUACGAUUCUGCAAAUGGUAACUACAGUCUACAAGUAAAGUGUGAAUCAACGAAUGAGAUUUUGAAAUUAGAAGUGACUGAAACUGUGUAAGACCUAGAAAAUGUGCAUCUUCAAUUAGCGGGAACUCUCAAAAUUUCGAAAUCAAUGGCGUCCUCUGGCGACGACCUCCGUCUUCUCUCUCUCAUCGACGUCGGCGAUAAUGUCUUCUCUUCCUUCUCCGAUUACCUUAAACCUUUCUCUACUCUAUCCACUUCCCGGAAAAAACAAGACCGAGCAACCACGAUUCGAGCCCUAGCUAAGCAAUUCCUUCCUUUCCUCAACAAAUCGAUCUCUCUCCUACCGAAACGUCUCUCCGUCGCGAAUUCUGAUAAGGAAGCUCGUGAAUCAGCAUUAGAUCUGUUCCGUGCUUAUGAACUUUGUUUGGACUGUUUAGAAUUGGUCUCUGCUCAAUUAGCUUGUAAGCCUCACACUGUUCAAUCUCAGAGGCUAAGGAUGAUUCAUUGUCUCGAUGUUUGGGGUUUGUAUGAGAAUGUGUAUACUGAAGCGUUUAAGGUUCUGGAGAAGCUAAGAGGCUCUGAUAGCAAAUCCCGGAAGUCCCGGUUGUUGCCGGAGGUUCAGGAUGGAGAUGCGGAGAUGGCUUUAGUUGUUGUUGAUGCUGUGGCGGCCAUCUUUAGGGCUGUGGCAAUGAGUCAGCAGUUAGAUGAUAAGCGGUAUCGGAAAGUUCUUCUUUUGCUUGAGGAAGUCGGAGGCUGGUUAAGGGUCUUAGAUGCUAAGGUGUAUGAAAAGUUGCACAGAGCGAUGGUGACAAGUAUGGGUAAAUGUGCUGUUUCUCUCGUUAGAGAAGCUGAGCGUUUCAAUGGGGAUUUAGUGAUUUCUUUCUGCGACUUAACUGUGAAGGAACAUUAUAAAUCUGCAUUAUCAAAAGAUCGAGUUUAUAAGUUUGCUCGCGAGGUGCUUUCUGUUCUGUUUGGAUUUAAGGAUAGAAAAAUGUCAGUGACCAUUGACAUUUCAAUGUCUGUGUUGCGCAGCUUAUCUUGCCAAUUUGAGGAUGAAAGUAAUGAGAAUUUAAUGGAGUUUUUUGACCUAGUCGAUUAUUGCGCUCACAAGUUUCGAGCAGCAGGAGACAUGUACUGUGCAAAAGUUUCAAAAAAAUUGAAUGAGAUGGCAGCUAUUUUCGUAGAGGCAAUACCCCAACUUAAUUUGGUUCUUAGACUGUAUUCGACCGGGCUGUCCAUCACGGUUUGCAAUUCCAAGCUCGGAGAAAUUAAGCUAGAAGAUUCAACAGAUGAUUGGAAGAUUCAAGCUAUGUUUGAUGAUGAUGCUAGAUGGCAAAGCUUAGUUUCUUUACUCGGCAUGGUUGAUAGUUACUCAGGUGAUGAGGGCAAUCAGACUGGUUCAUCAUCGAUUGGUGGGCAUAGGAACUACAACAAUAAAACACAUGAUAGCUGUAAAGACAGGAACAAGAUUACUUGUUGGCCACAAUACGUAGAUGCCUUGAAAUUCUUGUGCCAACCGCUUGCAGACUUUAUAUAUUCUGUGAAAAGAAAGAUUGUGCUGGAGACAGAAAUGUCAUGCGCCUCUGCUCAUCUAAUUACUAUUCACGAUGCCUUUCUCCAGUUUUGUGAUGGCUGUCUCUUCCUUCAGAGGUGCACGUCUGACAAGGGAGAUAGAGAAAUUGCCAAUAACAAAGCUUUCUUAAACGCGGCUAUGGGUGCUUUCAUUGUCUCAUUGAGAACCCAACUUAAAUUGGAGAUAAGUGCCCAUCUAGUUGAGGAUGUAAUUGGAAGCCCAUGGAUCCAAUCUCAAGAACUCAAGUAUCUAAUUGCGACGCUGUACAAUAUUGGUAUCGUUUUGUACAGAAAUAAGGAGCUAAACAAGGCUUGUGAGGCGCUUAAGCUGUGCUCCAAGGUAUCAUGGAGAUGUGUUGAACUACAUUGUCAUAUGUUUGUAAAUCAGUCUAGUUCAUCUGAUAAUGACUUGUCAGAAGAUGCCAUUAUGGAUUUUGUGGGCGAAGCAUGUAAUAGGUGUGCAUUCUACCUGGAUAUACUCCAGAAAUGUAGCAGACGUAAGAUUAGACAGAAUAUUGUUCAUAUUCUAGAAAAUUGGUUGUCAGCUGAACAUCUGAUUAGACGGUUACCAGGCCCUGAGGCAAUUGUAAAGCAAUGGGUUAAGAUAGAGCGGGAAUGUCACACGGAUCUGGAUGCGGCAGGUUCUUGUACAACUUUGUACUCAUUGUUAUCAUCUUCUCAAAAAAAGUCAAAGCGGGGUAUCGGAAAAAUCCUUGAGCAGGAGCUUCUUGCCUAUGACAGAGUGUUACCUUUAAGGUCAAAUCUAGGUCAACAAACGCGAAUCAAGAUAGCAGAUAUCCUCUUGAAGGAUGUUUAUGUCACUGAGGAUAUGCAUAUAGAGAGAGCAAGAAUUUUGAUAUGGAAAGCACGAAUGACAAGGACAUCUGGAACUGAACAUAUAACCGAGUGCAUUUGUUUUCUGUCUGAAGCAAUCUCUAUAUUGGGUGAGUUACAUCAUGGGCCAAAUGAAGAGGGUUCUCCAUCUUCUCACAUGUUACCUAUUGCGUAUUGCUUGAGAGCUUUUUGUACCCAGGAAGCUGACCCAAACUCGAAGAAAGUCUUUCAAGAUAUUAGCACUUCACUAAAUCUCUGGCUAAGGAUUCUUAGCCUAGAUGAUAGUGGAGACAGUCUACCAACAGAGAAUAUAAUUCCGUUACUGUAUAAUAUGAUUGAUUUGAUGUCAGUGAAGGGAUGUACAGAGCUCCAUCAUCAUAUAUACCAACUGAUUUUCAGAUUGUUUAAAUGGAAGAAUGUCAAAUUGGAGGUCUGCCUUGCAAUGCUGUGGGAAUGUAGAAGGCUUAGUCAUGCCUUAUGCCCUUCCCCCAUAAGUGAUGCCUUUAUCCAGACCUUAUCAGAGAAUUGUGCUGACAAAUCCACAUGCAUUGAUUUCUGGAUGGAUUGCCUGAAAGAUUCAAAAGCAAAGUUAAUUGGGUUCCAGCAGAACUUCCAUGAUUUACAUAAUAAGGAUGAAGGUCCCUUUCAAUCAGACAUCACAAUUGACGAUAUUAAAGAUGCAGCAUCAGAACUCAUCUCCAGUGCAUCACUCUCUGGUAAUUCAUCUUUUGCAGCUGCAUAUCUCUAUUAUGAUCUCUGUGAAAGGCUCAUAUCAUUUGGAAAACUUUCUGAGGCUCUUUCAUAUGCAAAAGAAGCCUAUAGGAUAAGGACUCUUAUAUUUCAAGAUAAAUUUAAGUAUACAGCUGAGAAGCAUAUCGAAAAACACAAUGAAGAUGGGAAAAUAUCAGAAAUACGGACUUUUAGCAUAAAAAAUUUCCAAGUCUACAGAUUGUUAGCAACUGAUUUUUGGCCAUGUGGAAAUUUUCUCUGGGACAUCAAUCGCUGCUACCUAAGUCCUUGGAGUGUACUCCAAUGUUAUUUGGAAAGCACCCUUCAGGUUGGAAUUCUGAAUGAGCUCAUAGGGAAUGGACUGGAGGCAGAAACCAUUCUAUCAUGGGGGAAAGCCUUUUCAUGCUCGCAAAGUCUAUUCCCUUUUGUAGUUGCAUUUUCUUCUGCCUUAGGAAAUCUAUACCACAAAAAGCAGUGUCUGGAUCUGGCAGAAAAGGAACUCCAAAAUGCAAAAGAGAUAUUAAUUGCUAAUCAGCGAGAUUUUUCUUGCGUAAAGUGCAAACUGAAGUUGGAAGUUACAUUGGAUAAACAACUUGGAGACAUAUCUCGGAAACAAAUUGAUAGAGUUUCACAGACAGAUGGAUUCUUGCAUGCUGAAAGCUUGUUUAGUGCUGCCCUGGGAAAAUUCUGUUGCUCAGCAUGGAAAAGCUGCAUUAGAUCACAUGGGGAAGAAAUUGCUGAGGAGAUAGUGAUUGAUAGAAAUGGAGGGGAAGGUUUAGGACAUAAUUCAAGUAAAACAAAGCUCAGUAUAAAGGAGCCACCAGGAAACAGAGGCUCCAGGAGGGGUGGAAGAGCUAACAAAACUUGUUUGUCAAAGGAUCAGGAUUUGAUAUCUGAGCCAACAUCAAGGUUGACUCGAUCUAUGCGUCACUCACUUAGAGAGCAAUGCCAAAACCGUUCUAAUGUGCCUGAAGUUGUUUCAAAGAAGCCUAAUUUAUGUGAUAGAUCUGUUGGUUCUAGGGGUGAAAGGGUUUUGUUGGACACGAGUAAUGCACUCCCUGGCUUUUGUAUUUGCUACAAAGAAAAACGUCAGCAGUGCCUCUCGGAAGAAGUAACAGAAUCUGGGUCUCUCAACAAUUUAGUAAGUUUGAAAUGGGAACUCUGCCAUAGGAAGCUUGCGUCCUCAAUACUUGUUAGCCUUGGAAAAUGUUUGGGAGACUCUGGUAGAAUUCAUCUAGCUCAUGAGGCUUUACUGCAUAGUAUCUCUGUUUUAUUCAAAAGCACCUGGUCCAGCCACAACCAGCCUUCUGUCAGUCAGUUGCUGGAAUUUAUCGGGAAAGAAGUUACAAGAGAUGUAUUUGCCGUUGAUCGUGCAAUAAUAUUAUACAACUUGUGCUGGUUGAAUUUGCGGAAUUACCACUGCAGGAAGAGUAGGUCUAUCUGCUGUGAUCUGUUUCAUAUCCCUUUCACAAAACUAGUGUCAUGGUUAAUGUUAGCAUUUGUACUCAGCGGAGAGGUUCCAAUAUUAUUUCAAAAGGUUUCAAGAUUGCUUGCCUCUUUAUAUCUGCUUUCUUCCUCAAAUUCUGAAUUCACAUUCGAAUCUGAUGGAAAUGAGCUGUCAGCAAGUCAUUGGGUCUCAUUUUUCCAUCAAGCCUCGCUUGGUACCCAUCUCAGUUACCAUUUCAUUUCAAAUUUGAGCCAAAAACACAAAUCACAGUGCCUCUCAGAUAAAGAGUGCACAGAGGCUACUUGCUCGAGUUGCAUGGUUCCUGAGGAUUUGGACUUACCCAGGCUUGCUCCUGACCGUACUCAAGAUCUUGUACAAUUCGCUAAAGAAUUUUUCAUCAAUCUUCCAAGCUCAACAAUCAUCUGCAUUAGUUUGCUUGGAGGUGCUUUAAACCAAUUGUUACAGGAGCUAAUGCAUAUUCGUUCACCUGUUUGUGCCUGGGUGCUCAUAUCACGCCUAAACCCAGAAAGUCAACCGGUUGCCACACUUUUACCUGUAGAUUCGAUUGUAGAAGAUGACAGUGCAAAUCUUAGCUCUACCGAAGCGACUCAAGUCAAGAGUUUAAAGGGGCCCUGGCUUUGUCCAUGGGGUACCACCGUGGUUGAUGAGGUAGCUCCAGCAUUUAAAUCAAUAUUGGAGGAAAGCCACUCAUCUUCUUCUACUACUGAAGAAGACACAAUAGAGAGUAGGGGCCUGUGGUGGAAAAAGAGAAAGAAACUUAAUCAUCGUCUGGGAAUAUUCCUAAGGAAUCUAGAAGCUUCCUGGCUGGGUCCCUGGAGGUGUCUGCUUCUCGGAGAAUGGUCGAACUACAAAUUGCCUGACUCAGCGCAGAAAAAGCUGGUAAAUGAUCUCAAGUCCAAGUGCAAAAUGGAAGUAAAUGAGAUGCUUUUGAAGGUUAUUCUUGGAGGUGGGACGGAUAACUUUAAAGGAGAAGCAUGCGUUGCUCAGCUUUCUUUAAGAAAUGGUUGCUAUGUAGGUAGAGGGGGAUAUCUUUAUGAAGAAGAUAGCUGUAAAACUCCUACUGCUGCGUCUAAUAUAUCUGAAAGUAGGCAUGAAUUGGCCUUAAAACUGAUACAUGACGCAGCAAGCAAACUAGGGCAACAAGAUGGACAUGAAAAUAGAGAACCUAUCAUUCUUGUGUUAGAUCCCGAGGUUCAGAUGCUUCCUUGGGAGAAUAUUCCAAUACUAAGGAAACAGGAGGUGUACCGCAUGCCUUCCGUAGGUUGCAUAUCUGCCGUGCUAAAGAAGCGCAGUCUUCAAGGAGAGCCAGCAAAAUCUCAUGUUGCUUCCUUCCCUCUUAUUGAUCCGCUAGAUUCAUUUUACUUGUUGAAUCCUGGUGGUGAUCUCACCGAUACACAAGUCACGUUUGAGAGUUGGUUCAGAGAUCAAAACUUUGAGGGUAAAGCUGGGUCAGAACCAAGUGCUAUAGAGUUGACAGAAGCAUUAGAAACUCAUGAUCUCUUUCUAUACUUUGGUCAUGGAAGCGGAGCACAGUAUAUACCUAGGCGUGAAAUAGAGAAGCUAGAUAACUGUUCUGCAACUUUCUUAAUGGGAUGCAGUAGUGGUUCACUAUGGCUAAAAGGCUGCUACAUCCCACAAGGUGUACCACUUUCUUAUCUCCUAGGUGGAUCUCCAGCCAUUGUGGCGACUCUAUGGGACGUAACAGACCGAGACAUUGAUCGGUUUGGGAAAGCGUUGUUGGAAGCAUGGUUGCAAGAGAGGUCAGAUUCUUCUUCAGAGGGUGGCUGCAGCCAAUGUGAGUCAUUAGCUAAUGACCUUGCAGCAAUGACUCUAAAAGGCACCAAGAGGUCAAGGAAACCAUCAUCGCGUAACAAGCCAGCUCAAUCAGAUGUGGAUGGGUCAGGGAAGAUUGAGUGCAACCACAAGCAUAGACGUAAAAUCGGUUCAUUCAUAGCCGCGGCUCGAGAUGCGUGCAACUUGCAAUACUUGAUUGGGGCUGCGCCUGUCUGUUAUGGUGUGCCAACUGGUAUCACUAGGAAAAAAGGAAUUGAUGCUCUUCUUCCUUCUUCAUCUCGUUAGUAGGUUAGAGCAUCUCUUAAAAUCCUCAUUGUUUGGUCGUAUAACAAUUUUGAGGGAGCAAAUAAAUUUAGGAGUUAGGACUUCAGAUCAGAGAUUUUAUGACAACAACGCAAGAGAAGAGAAAAAAGGAGACUCUAGUCUAGAGAUAUAUAUUCAUCCCUGUUUUUUUAUAUAACAAAAUUGUAAAAAAAAAUAUCACAUGAUGUAUUGUCCUCGAAUUCUAUGUUAUAAAAGUGUUAGUAAUAUAUGAUCCAUUUUUGUGUA